AUGCAGCUCUCCUUCCUUCAUUUCGUUUGUUUUUGUGCCGUUUUGAGCACUUCGAAUGCUCUGUUCGGUAUCGGAAGAAAGCAGUCAGUGGCGGUGACUGGAAGACUCACUUGUAAUGGAGUACCAGCAAAGGAUGUUAAGAUCAAGUUGUAUGAAAAAGAGAAGAUUAAAGAUGUGAAGAUGGAUGAAACAACCACAGAUGUUAAUGGAUACUUCAAAGUAUCCGGAUACAAAACUGAGAUUACCAAUAUCGAUCCACAAAUCAAUAUCUACCACCGCUGCAAUUACAAGAAGUUGUGUUACAAGAAGGUUCCAAUCAAAAUCCCAGACAACUUUAUCACCAGUGGAAUCGUCCCAAAGAAAACGUUUGAUAUUGGAGAAAUCAAUCUUGCCAAUCGGUUCAAAGGAACAACUAUUGAUUGUAUAAAUUGA